AUGGCAAUGGAAGAGUGCCGCACUGAAGCGAGUAUUGGCGUAGAAUACUCCGAAAGCAUACACGGCUCAUCCGAAGACGAAAACACGAAUUCCGCAUCCAUCAAGACGCCCGCACAAGCCGAAGGUUGCUCGCCGUCUCAGAAGAGAAAACGAAAGCGAAUUUCACCGCAUUCGACGCCUAAAGUUGCAGACGGUAAGGUCCAAGACGCUACUGCUAAGAACAAAAGCAUGCAAACUUUAUUACACAUGUACAUUAGCGUUUUAACAAAAGCUACAUUUGCCUUCGAUACGCGACGAGGAUAAACUUGUGUUGUUGCAGUUUAAUAUUUGUUUAUAAGAGUUUAUGUAUAUGGUAAUGUAUGUAUCAGACCAGUGUUCAAAUAAACUUUCGAAUAGAGCGAAGGUCUAAUAAUUACCAGAUCACCUUUUUACUUUGGUCGAAUUGUAAAUAGUUGACAGUUCAGAGUAAACUGUUUAAAUAGCCCCUUUGCAAUGUACAAAUAUCUUGGACUUGCCCUUUUCGGUGGUAGGUUUUAGAUACUAAUUUCCCCUUUAAUAGUUCUCUCAGUUUCAUUACAUAUGCAUCCGCAAAUUGGGACUUAAUAGACCCUAAUACGGUUGGGUGUGGAAGAUGCAGGGGGAGGGUCUAGCCUGUUGACUGAUUGGGCAGAAUUGUCAGACAUGGGGCCUGUCUCAAACACUGAGUGACAGUCAGCAAUAUUGAUGAUGAUGAUGAUGAUAGUGAUGAUUCUUGGGACAGGGGAAAGGCCGAAAAGGCAGAAGGAGCCUCCAUCACCGGUCUUAUCCUGUGAUAACAACUAGUUGUCGCAGAGCUAUGAUCACUUCUGUGUUUGCAUUCCUUGUGAUCUAAUCAUUCACCAUGAUAACAGAAAAUGUGCAAGAUUUAUCGAAAACCUGAAAGAGUGGUCAUUAUAGUUUAAAGGUAGCGAGAUAUAGAAAAGGACUGACUCAAAGAACACAAAUCAGUGUCAAUAUUCCUUGCCAUGGGCUUUAUGUUGUAAAGGCAUGUGUUGUCUCGGAAGAAGUUUGCCAGUGGUAGCAUGUAUUGAAACCAGGAUGUAAACUUUCAGUGUCCAGACCAGCAGGCCGUGGAGCACAAUGACUCAGAAAACUAAAUCUUUACUUUAUUGUGAAUUAAUGCAUUUUCUGAUUUUUUGAACAGGAUUUGGAGAUAGCAAAGCAGGGGAACUUCUGGAAAAUAUCCCUGAACUGCAAGACGUGUUCACAAUAGUGUCCAAAGUUGGAGAAGGUAAGCUUAUGGGGAAACUGUAUUUAAUUUACUAACCCUACCACCAUUUAUUGUACUCCUACUCUGCAAGCAGAGCCUCUUUUUAUUAUCUUGGCUGAGUAGGAGAAAAGAAGGCUGUUCCUGAAUCACAGCAAAUGCAAAGUCGUCAUUGCCUGAACUUCUUGAUUAGUCAAUCUUGUUCCCUAUCAUGAAACUAGUUGUUUGAGUGUAGCAUCCAUUUAUUGAUAAACCGACAGUCACCAGGGUUUGCAUGCACCUUGAAAGUCCUUGAAAAUUAUAGUUGGCACUGGAAAGUCCUUGAAUUUCAGUGCUAACUUUAUCCAACCCAGCAAACACACGAAAGACCUUCAGGAUAAUAUUGGUCAUAAUAAUUGUGAAAGAGGUAAAAAAGAUGUAGACUCAAGGCUUCUUUUUAGCACUGAACGGAGUCCUUGAAUAAUGGGAAAUGUGUCCUUGAAAGUCCUUGAAAGGUCCUUGAAUUUAAUCCUCAUAACUAUUGUACGGAGUUUUACAAAUAGUCUUUCACGCACUAGUCUUUAUUUUAGCCUUAAGACAAGUUUCGUUUAUUCAAACCUCUUCAGUUUGGCUAAAACCUUGGCUAAAACCUUGUCCUUGAAUUUUUUGUUCAAAAAAGGGUAUGAACCCUGAGUCAUGCUCUACUAAAGCCCAAGGCUGCUAGGCCUGGGUUUGAAACUGUAUCCCAUCAUCAAGCAGCACAUGCUCUACAAGGAUUGUAUUGAUUCAUGCACAGUCUUUUUAAAGUAUGCUUAAAUUGAGCAAGGGAAAGAAAGAUUUCCUAGCAUGGUACGCUUCUACAUUCCACGGCAAGCACUGGCAUUGCUCAUCGCUCUAUUGCGUCUAUGGAUACAAAUGUUUAGCUAUAUAUUUUUGUCUUUGCCUCAUGUGAAGUGCUGUCCCAUCCUCCCACCUACACUAGCUAAUGGUUUCUAUCUGGUACAGUAGGUCUCUUUAGGUUAAACAUGUAUCUCGUUUGAGUAUCCUCAGUAUGAGAGGUCCCAUAUAAGUGGGGUUAUCUACUACCCAUGUUAUAUAAGGCUGCUAUUGGUUACCUCCCCAUCUGGGUCUGCUUACUUUGCUUGGCCGGCUUUACCUGUGUUGCUCAUUGAUAGUACAUACCAUGCUUGUCUCCUUUGCAUAUUGGACUAUAUCGGAAAUUUAUACUGUGAAUUAUAUUACAGUGUAAUUACAUCAACAAUCAAUAUUAGAAACAAAUGCCUCUAAUAAUCACUCUCUGGUUUCCUUUGCAGGUACUUUUAGCAAUGUUUACUUGGCUAGAAUGAAUACAUUACCAGAUGUUCUGUGUGCUUUAAAGCACAUUAUUCCAACUAGCGGUCCUGGAAGAGUUCAAAAUGAAUUGAAAUGUCUUCAAGAUAUUGGGUAAGGUACAUUGACAGUCCUGGGUAAUCAAUCUCAAGUUAAAUCACUAUAAUUUUAACAUAGUUUGAUUCAGAAUUUCCAUUGUUCCUUAUCCUAAUUUAUUCAAAGGAGACAAAGGAAACUCUAGUUAAACCUCAGAACAGAAUUUGAUUUUACCUAAAACAGGUAUAUCAGUUUGACAGUUCAAGGCUCUUCCUCAGUGUACUCUUAAAGGCUUAAUCUUAUUGGUUUUCUCCACACGAGUGCUGCAAAGAAAACUUGCACAAACUGUCUGAUAUCUAAAAAAAUAUAUUACUGAUGGGUCACCUUGUGAUUAGCUUUGGAGUUGUUGCUUCAGCCCAGAGCCGAAAAGAUUGAAGCCUAGCCUUGAAAUCAGGGGCACCAAACAAUGAUUUCCCCCUAAGUCUGUUGAAAACACUUUUUAGGCUAUCCAGAGUAGUUUUAGAACUCUAGAAAAUACAUUCUAAAGGGCGCUAUAAAAUUUGUAUCUGUUCAGUUAUCCUAGGGUUAUCAAAAUUACAAGGGCUUCAGAAUUAUUUUCCCAAAAAUUUUAGAUGCAAUUUAUCCUUUUAUGAAAGUGAGAAUUUUUCUGAUUGCUCUCUCAAUCACAUUUUUGAAUCCAAAAAUUUUAGGUUUCCUUUUUCUUUGAAAAACAGCGUCACUUGGGGAGUGAAAUGUGGAAUAUUGAGCCUCAGAAAAUCGUAGGGAAAUUAUUACAUAUGUCUUGAAAAAUGUGCAUGAAUGGAACAGUCAUGUAGAAAUUUGUAGCCUCAAGCAAUAGAAAAUUUGAGGCAGUAUUUGCUUCUCCAAACAGUUGCAUUAUUCUACAGAAAACAGUCGUUGGGUGCCCCUGUUGAAAUAUCAAGUGUCGCAGUGAUCUUUCCGUGAAGACAGGUUCAAGAGUAACAAGCACCUAAGAGGUAUAAACCUGUACAAUGUACUGGUUACCUGGUGGUAGCUGAGAGGACAUUUUCUCUGGAAAUUAGAGACAUUACACAAGUCAUUACAUGUACUUCCAUUGCCUGUGGUAUUUUACAUGUAGAAAGUUAUAAUUCUGAUUCAUUAUGUUGUUAUUUUUAGGGGCACUGACAAUGUUAUUGGAGUUGAAUCAACUCUUAGAUGCAAUGAUAGUAUGGUAUUUGUCCUGCCUUAUUUUCCCCAUCAAAAAUUUCAGGUAAUUGUAAUAAUUGACAUGAGUUGCUGCAACUGAUUAGUGGCAGCCAAAACAUAAUAAAUUUUCACCUGCCUCCACUGAAGUUUUAUGAGAUUACAUUCAUUAUUGCCUAUUAAUUCCCAUAUGUCACCAUUCAAAUUUCUCGUUCCAUUUUAUGGUUGCCCAGUAAUCUUGUCAUCAUCACAUCAUUGUUUCUCGAUAAUGAUGGCAAAAUGGAUAAGAUGUUCAACUCUGGCAUCAGUAAAACCACUCUUUAUUGAAGUUUGCCUCUCUAUAGUAUAGCUAUUAAAGAAAUAUUAAUUUUAUUACUUGCUUUGUCAGGAAUACUUCUUGGAAAUGAGCGUCUGUGAAAUCAAAGAAUACAUGAAGAACCUUUUUAUUGCCUUAAAAAGAGUACAUUCGUUCAAUGUAAUCCACAGAGAUGUAAAACCAAGCAAUUUUUUGUACUCCAGAGAAACAGGAAGGUGAGCUUCCCACAUGUACAUGGAUGUCUUCUGUGGUUCAAUAGUUGUUGUUAUAGAAUUUCACUCAACUAAACAGGGACUGCCAUUGGUUGAUUCUUGGUCACGUGGCCUUCACUAAAAUCAAACGUAUCGCGAUGGUGAUACAUUAAGCAAUGUACCCUGCUCGGGCUACAUUACAGCACGUGAUCAAAGCAUGGUUGAAAGUGGUGUGACAGAAGGCGGGAAAAACACUGCCAAUUUUCUCUUUUGUGAAUGAACACAAACACGAAGCCUCGAGCUAAAAAGCAACGAUUUUUAAAGUCAUCCCAGAAGAGAAACAGCAGCUAGUGGAAAAAAAAAGAUGCAGAUAAUAUUAGGAAAGUACUUUGUAAAUCAUUCAUUUGGUGGUUUUAAAAAUUAAAUUUGUGUUGUUAUAAGUACGUAGUUGACUGUUUUGGUUCGCUCCAGUUAUUCUUUUGAUGCUGUUGAAGUGAAAGGCUAGAUAUAUAACAAAACACUUAAUGUCAGGUCCCUCGGGAAACCAGUUAGUUUUGUUUUCCCUCGAGUCCUGAUGUUUCCGAGACAAAGUCGAGGGAAACAUCAGGACUCUUGGGAAAACAAAACUAACUGUUUCCCUCGGGAUCUGACAUUAAGUGUGUAUUAUACCAUUUGUCUUCAAAAUAGGCUGCAGAGGUUAAAGUAAGAUGCAGCAUCAGAAAAAAACAUUUAGUUGUCAUGAAGUAGAGUUUAUUAUUUGAGCUCAUGCCUGACUGCCCUUUUCCAGACAACACAAUGAGAUUCCUCAACUGAUUGAUUGAUUGAUUGAUUUUAAUUUGAUUUAGAUACCGACUUGUAGAUUUUGGUCUUGCCAUGAAAGUCCCUGGCAGCAACAAUUCUCUUCUUGGUGAGUUUAUAGUCAUUCAUCGCAUUUAUUUAGAUGUAAAAGGGCUUGCAUUGCUCACUGAAUUCCAAAAUGCUUUCCAUCACUCAUCGCCCCUGUGAUCCUUGAUUAGCAUAUUGCUUGUUUGCCUUAAAAGGUAACUUUGAUACACAUCACCUGAAGAAAAUGAAAUAUAAAAAGCACUCCCAGAUGGGGGUACUUCCAGCAAAAAAUCACUAUACUGAGCUAGACAUUGUUAAUACAUGCACAACCCCCCCCCCCACUCCCCCACCACCACCACCACCAUCAUCCAUAACCACAUUUUGCUAAGAGGUGUUACAAGUCAAUUGCAAACAUCAUCAUGAAACAUUUUGUACAAAAGUAAAUGGUAGUGAAAGUCCUGAUAAAGAUAAAGCCUCUUUCUGCACAUUGUACUAUAAUAAGUAUUAUUAAUUCUAGUUUAUGAGGAAAUUAAGAGCUAAUAUAAGAAAGUGCUAAGAGCAAAAACAAACGGGGAAGAGACACAGAUAAAAGUUAGACUUGGUUUAUCCAAUUUAUGUUGUUUUUUGGACAGAGUGGGCAGAAAAUACAUGUAGCUUUUAUUAGUAACUUUUAACAGCACUAUUGUAAAAGAUCCAUAACAUAACUUUAUUAUUUAUAUAGCGCAAAAUACAUGGGUAUAUGAUCUAAUGCCCAUGACAUGCACCUCCCUGAUUCUCUUUAAUAGGCAAUGUUACAGUGCAAGUGAUUAACACAACUUAUAUUUGAACUCUUACAUGUAUUCCAGAUUCUCCUAAGGAACUGAAGAAACAAAAAAGGACCCUACAAUCUCCUAAAACUACUUCCCAACCUAGACGUCGAAGCUCACGCUUGUCUCCUCAAAAUGAAAAUAAAGACCAGACGGGAGGCAAAGUUGGUGAAGAACGCAUCCUCAAGCCGCGUUGUGUAAACUCAGCUAAUUGGCAAUUCACACACCAAUCCAAGGACUUUAAAGUCCCUUCAAAGACUGCAACAUCAAAGUUAAGGCGCACCUCUGAUGAGAAGGCAAACUCUAAAGAUGCAUUUAAACAGGCCCAGGUAUUGUGUCCGCUGAGACAUGGUCCUAAAGAUGUGUGCACCAUCUGUAUGGCAAGGUAGGCUGUGAUAACCUUGUCUCUCUUAGGCAAACUCACAUUAGAGAUCGAGCUUUAGAUUAGAGGACAACCACGAGUACGAGGUUUGACUCAAAUAGAUACCUGGGAAAGCUUCAUACUACUUUUGAUUCACCAGAAAAGUUAGCACUGUCAUCUUUAUUAAAGGAGAUCAAGCCCUCUCCCAAUCGCAAAUUGAUAAAACUUGUAACAUUUUGUUAACUCAUUUUCGCGCCAAAAUGAUGCUGGCUUAAGCAGCUGCUUGAGCAAUACGCAAUAUUGAGAAAUUCUUGUUCAUGUAGUUAUUCUCGUCAUAGAAUCUAAAGGUCUCUGCUGUCAGUUUUUGUAUAAUUCUGCCUAAAUGACGGGUUUGUGCUCUAAUGUGGAGGGCAGGUGGAUCAAAGUUUGUGCACUAACUUGUAUGCUGGGCACCCUGAACCUUUAUCAUAGGUUCAACGCUCUACACAGCGAGCACUACACGAUAUUCUCUCUUUUUGCUUUUGCUUGAAUCGUAAUGGUCUCCCUACAUCUUAUAAACUCUGGACAAAACAUUUUGUUUAAAAACACACAAUGUUAUUGCUAUAACAACAAAUACUUUAGACAGUUCAUUGUUGUUAUUGAAGUGACCCAGAUAACAGCUUUAAGAUUCAUUAAUUUUAAUCAAGUAAAAGAAUGAUGUAAUUUGUCCUAUCUAUUUCGUUUAUUUUUUCUGCAGAAUUUACUUAUUUAUAUACCACAAGAGGUGACCCCUUCUAGCUUCAGGUUGUGGGAAUCCAUUCUCAGCAGUUGCCAUUGUUUUUAUCUAAAAUAAAUCUGUUCGCACCUGCCCUUGAACAGCUUUUUAUCAGAUUAAAGUGCAGGGGCAUUAAAAAUAUUUCUUCAUUCUAAGUGUACAAAAAAGUUGUUACCCAUAACCACAUUGUUCUUGUUGUUCCUUUUGAUGUCAUGUACAUAAUUGAUGUUUUGUUUCUUAAUUUUAUCCAGGGGCCAUCAGAAUACUCCUCGAGCAGGCACACCAGGAUUUCGGUCCCCAGAGGUCCUUCUCAAGUACCCUCAGCAGUCUCCUGCUGUGGACAUGUGGUCAGCAGGAGUCAUCUUUCUCUCUAUACUCAGUGGAAGGUACCCAUUCUUUAAAGCUUAUGAUGACCUGACAAGCUUGGCUCAAAUCAUGACUCUGUGUGGAACUGGUGAGGCAGCUAAAGCAGCUUUCAAGUUAGGUAAGCUUCAUAAAUCUUACCCUUUUACGAGGCUAAGUUCUAGAAACAAAUUUAGAAGCCCAAAAGAUUGGAACUCUCAAAAUCCAGCGGGUGCUUUGUGGUGAAAGUAACUGGCCAAGGGUCACUGGAGGUGCUAGAAAACUGCCCUGUUCUUUCUUUUACCAUCGAGAACGUUCAAGUUUAAAAUACACAAUUAUGAAUUUACUUUUUUCUUAACAUAGUUUUAACUUUAUUUCGAAAGGUAAAUCGAUUCAACUGGAAAAGAACGCACUUUUCUAUAAGACAGGUGCAAAUUAAAAUUAUUAAAACCCAUAAUUGACUAAAAUCAGGGUUAAAAAAAAAUCAUCUGUAGGCACUCUUCCGCCUCCAGCAACGCGUAUAAAAUCGACCGAUCCGUGCACUGAUUUUAUGGUUUUAACUCUAUGAAUGAAUGGAAACAUCCUUAAUAAAUAGUUGUCCGGGAAUGGUUUUUCGUCGGUAUGGUAAGAUUUUCUCCGUGUCUUCGCAUACAAAGCAAGGAAAGCUUUUUAGGUAUUUAUAAACGGCGGAUUAACAGUUUUUACCCGGACUGUUUACGCAGCCAAAUGUAAUAAACGUCAAAUCCAACCCUUUUAAAAAAAAUACAGGGCGUGGACGAGAUGACUUUUGGGCCUCUUUCCCAAUUACCAUAAUGUGGUAUGAAAUGAUAAAUAUAUGAAUUUUAUAAAAAUUAUUUUGGAACCGCUAAUUGAAGAAAUAAAUGGAAAGAAGAUCAUCGCAGUUAAUGACGCAACUUAUGCAGUUGCGAAAAGAAAGCCUGAAAAAAUCCAGGCUUGCUGGGAUUCCAACCCUGACCUCUGCGAUAACGGUGCAGCGCUGGUAUGUGGUGUAUCGAUAUUUUCCAUGAACUCCAGGUAAAGUUUGUUUUAUUUUGUUUUUGUCCGCAUACUGCACAUGUGUUGUGGCAAUCUUCUAAUAAUUUACUUGCACCUUACCUUUCACAGGCAAGGACCUCAAUUUUAACGCAGAUUGCCCAUCUGGAAAUCUUAAAAUACUUUGCACAAAGCUAAGGAGAGGGGCAAGCAAAAAGCCCACCGUGAAAUGUUGUGUGCGGCAGCCAACUCGCGGCGACAGAGAGCAGGCUGACGUCCCAUCAAAAAGAUUUAAGCGCAAAACAAGAUCGCCACGUGCCUCCCACACUGAAGCACCUAUCGUUUCAAGUUCUUGGCAUCAACGAUGCACGAUGUGUCAGAAACGAAACCCUCUUUGCUGUGUAUCAAUUCCAACUGAGGGGGAACUAUCUGAGGAAACUCGACAACAUACGGAUGCAUCUCGUGAUCAUUCGGAUGUGACUCGGGAACUUUCGGAUGCGACUGUUGAACAAUCGGACAAUGCGAGGUGCGUUCAUCUCGACGGAAGCAAGUGCGCCUGCUCCUGUUGUACUUGCUGCUGGGCAAUUGAGGAUUCAGCUUAUGAACUACUAGAACGAUGCCUAGACUUGAAUCCACACACCCGAAUUACUGCUGCCGAGGCAUUGGAACAUGCGUUUUUCAAGAAUACGCUUUAA